UCUGGAGCGUGGGACCGCCACUCCUUGCCUCUUUCAUUUAUCUCGCCCAUUGCCCACACACUGCAAAUCCAAACAUUAUGUCUAACCCUCACGAUUUUUACCAGCCGCAGGCAGACCGUGGACCCGGCGCAGCCGUGCAGCCAACUGACUCUGAGAUCAAGCAGGGAUUCGCGUCGUCGCAGUCUGAGACGACACCGGCGCUAUUCACGCCCCUGAAGAUCCGCGGCACUGAGCUCAAGAAUCGGGUUGUUGUCAGCCCGAUGUGCAUGUACUCGUCGGUAGACGGCUUUGCGACCAACUUCCACCUGGUGCACGUCGGCCAGCUCGCCAUGCGCGGCGUAUCCCUUAUGAUCAUGGAGGCCACGGGCGUUGCCCCUGAGGGCCGCAUCACGCCCAACUGCCUUGGCAUCUGGAAGGACGAGCACAUCGAGAAGCUGCGCGAGGUAGUUGCCUUUGCGCACGCGAACAAGGCGCUGGUCGGCAUCCAGCUGGCGCACGCCGGCCGCAAGGCCAGCACGUCGCCGCCAUGGCUGAUCAAGUCGCAGGGAUACAAUCUCGACGAAACCAAGGGCGGCUGGCCCAAGGACAUUAUUGGCCCGUCAGCCAUCCCCUUCGACGAGCGCAGCUUUGUGCCGCGCGAGAUGACCCUGGCAGAUAUCCAGCGUGUGCAGCAGAACUUUGUCGAUGCGGCGGUCCGUGCCGACAAGGCUGGCUUCGAUGUGGUUGAGCUGCAUGGCGCCCACGGGUAUCUGAUCCAAGAAUUCCUGUCGCCGAUUUCCAACAAGCGCACGGACGCAUACGGCGGGUCGUUCGAGAACCGCAUUCGCUUCCUGGUCGAGACUGCGCAGAAGGUGCGCAAGACGUGGCCAGAACACAAGCCGCUGUUUGUGCGCGUCUCGUCGACCGACUGGGUUGCGCCUAGCAGUGAUGUCCCCACGGGCGGGUGGACCGAGGAGGAGACAGUCGAGCUCGCCAAGGUCCUCAGGGCCCAGGGCGUCGAUCUGGUCGACUGCUCGACUGCCGGCAACAGCCCACUGCAGAAGAUCCCGCUGGCACCUGGCUACCAGGUGCAGUUUGCUACGGCGGUGCGCAAGGGCGCCCCUGGGAUGCUGUCGGGUGCUGUUGGCAUAAUCACCGAUGCGAAGCAGGCAAACGAGAUUGUUGCCAGCGGCUCAGCCGACCUGGUGUUCAUGGGUCGCCAGCUGCUGCGUGACCCGAACUUUGUGCUGAACGCUGCUUUGGAGCUCAAUGCCUUUGGGCAGUACCCGCACCAGUACGAGCGUGGCCGCCCCAAGACCAAGUACAGCUUCGUUUGAGUAUAUUUGCAGCCCACAUUUUUGCAGACAAAUGUGCAUUACACAACUAUCCAAUUCGUUUUAUGCUAUCUAUUCGGCAGGCUCAAACAGUGCGGGUGUGGUCCCAAGAUGAACGGGCUGGUUGUGAGAGUGACUUUGCCUCACACAUCGAUAAACAGGCAACAUAUCAUGCACUGUCAACGUAUUCACCCGGUACUACCACUAAACAAUGGAAUCGUCACCAGAUACAAAAGCGAAGACAUAAACCUCCCCUGUAUAGCUAGUGUGGCCAUGCUUAUAGUUCUAGAGCCAGCAAGGGGGUUCGAGCAGCAGAUGGACGCACACCUAUUUCGGAUGAAGGCUCUGUAUCCUCGCACUUUGCUGCCUAAGCAUCAGCAUGCAGUCAUGAAUGCUGAUUAUAUAACCACAAUGCAGUCAGCUUACACAUUGCUGUGCAAUACAAUAAAGGUUACACCGAUACCA